GGCAACAUAUUUUUCUUCACCAUAUAUAACCGGCAUAGCAGCAUUAUAUAUUGAAGUAUUUGGAAAACCACAAUUUUACGAACAACUAAAAGUGGCAUUCAUGAAUAAUGCUGUUCCUUAUAAAGAUCGCAAUAAUUUACUAGCUCCGGCAGUUAUCCAAGGCGCAGGAUUCGUCGACGCUUUUAAAUUGUUGAAAGCAACCAGCUUUAAAGGAGAUGAAUAUAAAUUAUCACACUUGCCAGCUCCAAGUUUUAAUGGAUAUAAUAAAACUUUUGUAAGAAAUUAUUUAAACUUGGAAUAUUUUCCAAAACAAGAACAAUGUGCUGGCGUUGAAUUUGAUUAUAAUCAAAUUGCUGUGCCGCCUAAAUCAAAUGUUGAGGUUUCUGUAACAUUUACUUUACCAAAGAAAAUACCCAAGGAUUUACAUUUGUUUUAUAGUGGAUGGUUAGAAAUAAUUCCGGUAGAUGAGAACAUACCUACAAUGACCGUUCCUUAUGUUAAAACAAUAUCUGCUAUUUUGGACAUUCUAAUGACACCUCAAUUUCCUAUGCUUGUUAAUUUGAUUCGUAAUGUUAUCAGCAAAGAAGAUCUGAUUGCAACUUUCACCUUAAAACUUUUAAAUAUUACUGAUGGUACACAUGAUUAUCCAUUUGUGUUACUUAAUCUUGCGACUCCGACAUCAUAUCUUAUUACCGAAAUACUUGAUGCCAAUAAUAAGUUUUUAGGAUGGGUUAAAUAUUUUACUGGGAUUAAAUAUCGAAAAAAACCAAUAGUAUUUAUAGUUCAUUGGGAUGGACUUAAUCUUGAUAAUAUGACAGGACCUGGUACGCCUGCUCCUGAUGGAGAUUAUUUUAUUAGAAUUAAAGCGUUAAAAAUGUUUGGUGAUAUUAAUAACGAGAAGGAAUAUGAAACUUGGGUCAGUCCUAAAUUUAAAAUUAAGAGAAGUGCAUGA